AAAGACUUCGACACGGCGCGCUCCCGCAGCUGCACGGCGCUUAUUUAGAUAGUUUAGUAACCAGAAAUCCCCCUGGGAAUAAAUCCAUGUUAUUACACACGUAUGGACGACGGAGAGUGAAGCAUUUGGGAAACACGGACGCCACUUUGGAGUACAGUUUUCACGACUUGUUGGAAGCUUAAAAGCGGGUUCCGGUGGCGAUAUUUUUUUCUGUCAGGAAGUUUGACGUAUUCGGUUGAAGAUUGUUUCUUACUUUGUUUUGGUUUGGGGGAAAGUUGUGGAUUGCUGUAAGCCAACAGAAAACGCACGAAAUCUCUGUGUCUCAGUAAAGACUGCGUUUUUUUUCAUAUUAAAAUCUGUUAGGAGCUUUCAUUAGUACUUCAGGAACCGUAAUGUAAGAGCUGAAGCUCUGCGGAGUGCAAACACCGAUGGAGUUUAUCAUACUUGGCUUCUUUUGACAUAUGAAUCAUUUGAGUUUAUAUGUAUAUUAACACUAUACGUGUAGAUUUGUUUCUGCUAGUGUCAUUUCAGUCAGUUUUUGCUACAAGUUUGAACUCCAUCAUGACUGAAUCAAAUCCCCCUGCACUGUUUUUAUAGGCCUUUAUGUGUUCUUACAUGUGUAUGUUUAUAGCCAUAAUUAAGUUGCAGUGUAAUGCAGUUGUAUGCAAAGUAAAGAUAUCUGCAGCCUAGAUUAUUUUGGACUCCAACCUGGCAACACAGAGAAGGAAAAUCUGCAAACUUAGCAGGAAGAGAGGCUGUAAUCACGGAAAUCGGUCGGUCUUUUCCUCUGGCGGAGCUGUUUCUCAGAAAUGGAUUUCAUACAGGCCACACGGUUAUUGUUACACCUUGUUUGGUAGUUUAAUGUUCGUGUUUUAUGGGAUACAGCUCCCUGGCUUGCGAGCCUGAAAGUGUAGAUACCGUGUGUGGCAAAUGUGACAAUGUUUUGGAAAUUUAAGUUUUCCAAAGAUCCGAGGUUGCAGCGGAGCAGAAGUUUGUCUCUGGGCCACAGCUGGAGCAGCCCGAUGUAGGCUUUUUUCCAUCGGAACAUUUUCUCUGUAAAGCUCCCAGCUGUCUGAUGUUUUUGUUUUUACUACCUGGAAAUUACCCGUGUGUGUGAGCGCUUUAAUUUUCCGUUGAAGAAGACGAGCUACCUGGGGGGGUCAGCCCCGCCAUGGCGCCCAUACUCUCACACACGCUCCCCGGUGUGUCGGUCUGACUGAGGGCUCCGAUGGACGUGAGCAACGGCCGGACCUACUGCGUCAUCCCUACCGCGAGACACCGGUGACCGACUGUCGGCUGCACGCGAAACAAGCCUGGUCUUGUCCCAACGAAGGUUGUCAAGGUGACAGGCUGUGGGCGGGUUGGCAAGUUUCUGAAGACUUGUUUGUUGACCACAUACGCAAAUAUUGCCACAAUGAAUGAGAGGCAGGCUCUCCACUCUAUAAUGAAGGACCUGGUUGCCCUCCAGAUGACACGGCGCCAGCCUGUGCUGUCGUAUGACAGCGGCAAACCCAAGGCACCGGCCCAGGCCAACAGACAGGACGAUGUGAGGAUAAAGUUUGAAUUCUCAGGCGAGCGGAGGAUCCUGAUGUUUGGGAGGCCCGUGCAGUUCGAUGAAAUCCAGCAGAAAGUCAAGGUUGUCUUUGGCCAGCAGCUAGACCUGCAUUAUAUGAACAAUGAGUUGUCCAUCCCUCUGCGAGAUCAGGAUGACCUAGACAAGGCAAUCGACCUGCUGGACAGAAGCUCCAACAUGAAGAGCAUCAAGAUCCUGCUGCUCACUCAGGAGCACAGCAAUGCCUCCUCCCCCUCCCACCAUGUGCCAUGCAAGCAGGUGAGGAUCAAGUCCUCCCAGUCCACUGGAGACGUCAGCACAGUGUAUCAGUCCUCCGAGCCCAGGGGGCGCCACCUAUCAACUGGUUCUCAGAACACGGGGCGUAGCUCACCGCCUCCUGGCUACGUACCUGAACGCCAGCAGAGGAUCGCCCGCCAAGGUUCAUACACCAGCAUAAACAGUGAGGGGGAGUUCAUCCCUGAGACCAGUGAUCAGUGUGUGUUGGAUCCCUGGAGCAGUGCAGAAAACUCUGUUUCUGGAAGCUGUCAGUCUCUGGACAGCAACUCAGACAGCCCCUCGCUGAGGAAGUCUCGCAUGCACAGAGCCAAGAGUUACCCUGAUAAUCGUCAGGAGUGCUCAGACAGGGAGAAUCAUGUGUAUGACAGGGUAGCAGGGAAAGGAGGCACCUAUCCUCGUAGGUACCACGUCUCCCUGCAUCACAAGGACCACAGUGAAGGCCGACGGACGUUUCCGCGGAUCCGUCGCCCCCAGGGCAACCUGUUCACUCUGGUGCCCUCGCGCCGGUCGCUCAACGGCAGCGAGGAGAGUUUGGGCAGCUGGCAGCUGGUCGAUGCUCAGGGCAGGCUCCGUCCCCAAGAUCGUUCUGUUCCGCAUAAGUCACCCAGUGCUCCCAUGACGUGGCGGCGGGGGAAGCUUCUGGGCCAGGGAGCAUUUGGACGAGUUUACCUGUGUUACGAUGUGGAUACUGGGAGGGAGCUGGCUGCCAAGCAGGUCCAGUUUGACCCUGACAGUCCUGAAACCAGCAAGGAGGUCAGUGCUUUAGAGUGUGAAAUCCAGUUGCUGAAAAAUUUGCAUCACGAGCGCAUUGUUCAGUACUACGGCUGUCUGAGGGACCACAAUGAGAAGACCCUCACUAUUUUCAUGGAGUACAUGCCGGGGGGUUCAGUCAAAGACCAGCUGAAGGCCUACGGGGCACUGACAGAAAACGUGACCCGAAAGUACACAAGGCAGAUCCUGGAGGGCAUGUCCUACCUGCACAGUAACAUGAUCGUACACCGGGACAUCAAAGGUGCCAACAUCCUGCGGGAUUCAGCGGGCAACGUGAAGCUUGGAGAUUUUGGUGCCAGCAAGAGGCUGCAGACCAUCUGCAUGUCUGGCGCUGGCAUCCGCUCUGUGACCGGCACCCCCUACUGGAUGAGCCCGGAGGUGAUCAGUGGAGAGGGCUAUGGCAGGAAGGCUGAUGUCUGGAGCCUUGGUUGUACGGUGGUGGAGAUGCUGACAGAAAAGCCUCCAUGGGCUGAAUACGAGGCCAUGGCGGCCAUAUUCAAGAUCGCCACCCAGCCCACCAACCCACGGCUGCCCUCGCACACCUCCGACCAGGCACAGGACUUCAUAAGCUGCAUUUUUGUGGAGGCCAAACACAGACCCAGUGCUGAGGAGCUGCUCAGACAUCCCUUCUCCCAGAUUCUGUGCUGAAACCUGCCUGGUUUCUGAACUUUAACCACAGAGUAGCCUCAGCAGUAUCUGUAGCUUCCUGAAAGCCAUCCACGGCAGAAAUCCAGAUGUUGAACUGGUCUAGAAGUCAGUGUUUAACCCACUGAACCUCUGCCUUUCUUACACAAAUCCAAAUAACAAGGCAGUCCGACAACAACUGUCAUCAAUGCCUUGAAAACCAAUGCCAGUAAAUGCUCUUACAAGAGUCACCACCAGGGGGAAACCAAACAUUAAGUAUCUGGUGGGCUGCUGAUCUUUCUCAGAUACAAACACGCGCACACACUCCAAAGGCAGCAUCAUUCAAGUCAAGCAGUCUCCAAAAAAUAUCCUCUCCUGUGUUUACAUUCACAUGUUGGGCAGUUGUGAAAAACUGAAGCCUAGGAAGCCUCACAGUGUUUGACAUUUAAACAUCUAGCUCAGCACCAUUUUAAAGCUACAGGUCACCACAGUGUGAAUUGGUUUGUUCCCUUAUUUCCACUUCAUCUCUGUCUCGUUUUAAAAAAGAAAACCCUUAAACUAGAGCUCUGUUGAAACAGCCUAAGCUAUUAUUGAAGCACUUUGCAGUUCUGACUGCAUGUUUGUGUAGAUUGAGUGAAAUAGAUGAAGCGACGAUACAUGGAGAUGUGUAGAGUAGCUACACUGGAGUUUAGUAGAACAGUAAUUAAUGUUAAACACACCAAGGUAUUUUUUGGUUCGAGCCCUACAUAUUUUACCAUGGUCUAGUAAUCUUGCAGGUAGAAAUUAAAGGUACACUAUGCAGGAUUGUCUGUUACUGUUUCGCCUUCACAAGCGAAAGUAAAAGCCAGCCCCAGAUUCACUCAUUCAGCGUUCUGCCUCACUGUAUUUGCGUAUUUGGGUGCUGUGUCUCUUGGAUGCCUGCUGCUUAUUGUCUGGCACCCAGGCGCUACCUUUUUAUAAAACCCUGAUCUCACCUGAGUGCUUUGGGGAUACAUGGCCAUAAAUAUCAUGAGCAUAGAAAACAAGAAGAAAAUAGAAAACUACUGGCAGAGGGCCAGAGUCUCUGCAGAAAAAUACAGCACUGCACUGAAAGGGAGUCGUAAGUGAUGAUUGAGGGGAAUUACUUCUGUAUGAAUUCAUACAUUGUUUUUAAAGAAAAUCCUGCAUAGUAUAUCUUUAAUAAUAAGAGCUAAAUACAUAUGUUUCUCCACUGAUAGUACCUUCGGUGGACCUUUAUGUCUGUUAUGUGUUUCUGUUACAUUCAAGUCACAGUGAGAAGCAUCUGUUUCUGUGUAAAUAAUUACUUGGUGAUCUUUGAUCUGUGUUUUACAACACUUACUGCUGUGCAUUUGGAUGUAAAACUAUUCAGUCUACUGCACAGCAAAAAGAUUUUUAACUCUUUUAAAUUUGAAAUUAUAGACAAAUAUAACUGAUGACUUUUUAAAAAAAAAAAUAUAUAUAUAUAUAUAUAUAUAUAUGUACACAUAUAUGGUUCACAAUGUCAUUACCAGCUAGCAUCUUUGCUGUACUGUUUUUCUUGGUUGUACAAAAAUGGCAAGGACAUAUCUUGUCCAGCUACUGGGAUAGAAAAUACAGACAUAAAUUGACAAACUUAUUACAAAAUCUUUAUUGUAUUUUUUUGGUUCAUAAUGCAGCAAAUGGGAUUUUUUUUUCUUCGUCCAGAUGGUCAGAAGAGGAUUUUUGAAACUUUCGAAAUACAUCCAGCGCAGUGGUUUAAGAUUUAUUUUUCAGAAAAACAAAUGCUUAGCUCUGUGGCUUAAAAGUAAUUGUAACAUGAGAGGCACAAACUGAGGCUUUGCAGCUACAACACCUGAUUUAAGUCAAAGGCUCUUUAUUUUCUCUUGCUUCACUGUAAUUAUCACUGUUUCCGUUCUUCUACCUGUAAAACUAACCAGUUGAGUCUUGGGCUGCCUACAUUCAAAAUUCUAGCCUAAAUUACAAGAAUCAGUGCAUUUUAAUACAGUUUAUCAAAUAAUCCACUCACAUAAAGCAUGAGGAUUACAAGUGGAGUUUUCCUUUUAAGAUUUUUCCCUUUAAAAUGAGUCCUCUGUCUUGUACUACCUUUCACCUCAUUGUGACUUAUCCCUCUACCCGCCAUCCUCUUAUUGUGGCUCUUCAGUAUCUCAUGUUCAUUGCCGACAAAGUGCCAAAAAGGGGCCGAUGAAAUAUUAUGUUACAGACUUGGUAUGAGUUAUAUGUGAAAGUAAAGCAGAUGGUGCUUUUUAUGGUUUGGAAAAUACAAACUAAAGGCCUUAAUUUGGAAGUGAUUUCCUUUGCCUAUCUGUUGAUGCGUGUCUGGCCCAAACAUCCCUGACUGAGAAGUCUUAGCUUACGGAUCAAUUUGAAAUCAGAUGCACUUUUAUGUCAAAUGAAUGUUGAGGAGUUUUUGUUCUCUUUACCAAAUUUGAUUUUUUUUUUUUUUUUAUCUUCAAAUGUGAAAAUUGUUUCAUUUUUAUUUAUAUCCCCAUGUCCAUCCCAAUUAGAUUUUUAUAAGCAAAUAUAUAUGUAUAAAUAUAUUUUUUAUAUCUAGACUGUGUCAAAUCUAAUGAUACUUUCAGGACUUUGUGUCAUUAAAAGUAAAUCAUUGAAAGCAGCUGGUUUUGCAGACAUUACAGAAUUGGGGUUUAUAAAUGAAAAAUGGGUGGAAAACGAACUCUGGCUGCCUGGUUUUUGUUCCAGCUCAAAAAAAGAAACCUUUCCACACAUUCGUAGCUAUACAUUUAGAUGACAGUGUUACCUGACAGGUUAUGGAAAAUUUGUAUCAUUUGCUCAUUUUGCUUUGACGCAUCAGUGAGGUCUCAUGAAUGAAACCUUUAACUGCUGGGAGUAUUUUUUGUGUGAGCUCAGUUGUUAGUGAAAUGUAAUUAAAGGGUGUGCAUGAGCCAAAGACGAGCAGGAUCAGAGCCAGUGCUGGAUUUCAGAGUUCGCUGUUCAACCCAGAUGACGACUUUGUUUAUCCCAGGGUUCAGACGCGUCCAGUAUUGAAUGAUUUUCUGGGCAAAGGGCUUGACGUUGCCUGAAGGCUAACAUGAGAAUGUUCUAAGGGGCUGCUACAGGCUAAAGGCAGCUAAAAUAUGUUGAAAAUAAUAUUUUGUUUAAAAGACAGCGAGAUAAAGAACCCUGUGGUAAGCAAAUGAAUACAAGCUAGUUGUUUAGAGAUCUAUAUAUGUAAAUGUAUGAUUAUGUAUCAUGACAGGACUUGCAGUGCAAAGUCUGAUGUAUCAAAUUUAUUUUACAGCAAGAAAAGAAUAGUAUGUUUAAUGACAGUGUUUAUAUAUAUAUGUCAUGUCCUCUCUCCAAAACAAAUAAAUUGUUUAUAAAAAUGUUUGAUAGUUUGUGUACACGUGUAAGAGGACAGUUGUGGCCAGUGGUGGAUCUACCUAAGGGUGGCAGAAGCCCCUUUAACACUGCUUGUUAAAGGUGUUAAUUUCACAGCGUUAUACUGCAUCACCAUUCUUAAUAAAAGGUACAAUUGCAGAAUGGGGGCACAAAGUUGUCUUGCAUUAAAGCCGGCAGCAAAGGUAGUAACAGCGCUGCAUUGGCGUGUGUGCAAAAGGGGCAGCCAGUGGGAUGGGACCAUGAAGGGCAUGGGUGUGAUGUUUGAUAACAUCUUAAGUUUGUGACACACUUUAAAAGUAGCUACUAGCAGUAAGCAGCUAACUCAAAGAAGAAGAAGAACAGCAGCCAAAAAUGUUGGAAAAACAGUGAGGUCCAGGAGCUCUUUA